GCCGAGGAGCAUCCCUCAUCAUCAUCAUCAUCAUCAUCACACGAGCCAUGCGCAUUCACAUAUUUCUCAGUGCACGGGUGCAAAAGUCAAAAUAACAGCGGUGUGAGAGGAUGGUGAUAAACUGAAACUGUCGCACCGGGAUAUUUUGCAGCUCCGCACCGGAUCAGUGGUGCUGCUGACGGCCAGAGCCAGACAGACAGCACGGCGCUGAUAUCCAGCAUCCAGUGAGGAGCAUCAGCUGCUGCCAGGAAAACAACAACCAAACAACACCGGGGGCUGAUCAUAGCGCCCGCAGAGAGAGGUCACGAUGGGCUCCAGACUGAGCAGACAGAGCAGCCUGGACAAUGAGAAUUUCUCCAAAAAGCGACGCAAGCUUCUGGAUGGCGCCGGGGAGGUGAGCGACCGGGGCGGCGGACGGGGCGGCGGGGACUUUCUGUUCGCGCUGAUGCUGAAAUCGGACAAACUGCCCGGGAUGCUGCGCAGGAGCAACCACAGCCCGUACAUGAGGCGGGUGGCGUGGAUCAAGGAGAUUCAGAAGCUGCUCCGAGAGCGCAGGAUCGAGCAGGCGACCGACGUGCUCAAAUUACUGAGGAAGGAUCUUGGUUUGGAGGGCACCUCGCUCAAUGACAUCUUGUACAAAAACGCUGCCUUCCUCAACCUAGUGGACCCCAUCUCCCACGAGCUGCUGCUUAGCCUGGCUCGAGAGAUGCAGUGUCCUAAGAAGGAUGCGGACACCAUUAAGUCCUCUGACAAGAUCUGCAGGCAGCUGAUCUACCACCUGACCCCGCACUCAAAGUGGCUGAGGCAGAGCAUGUCCAGACAGAAAUCCCAGGCCUGUCUCAAGACCACCCUACAGAAAAAGCUGUCCAGUGAUUCUGUUGACUUGUCCGGCAUCCCUCUCUCCACUCGUGAUGUCCGCCAAGUCGCCUUCUACCUCCAAAAAAACAGAGACAGUGUGGUGGCUGUGGACAUCAGCUUCACUGAGCUCCAGGACGAGAACCUGAGGCUUCUCCUGCCUCUUCUUGCCUCACUGCUGAAACUCAGCACCCUGGCUCUCAAUGGCAACCGGCUCACCCUGGAUAUCCUCAAAGACCUCAGCGAGAUGCUCAAAGACCCCAAGAAGUUCUCCAGCCUGGCCUGGAUCGACCUAGGCAACAACGUUGAUAUUUUCACCAUGCCUCAGCCACUUCUGGUGGCGCUGCGCCGCCGCUGUAGCCUGAAGAGCAGCUUACCGACCAUCUACGAGUACACAGAGGGUCAACCCUACUGCUACCACCUGGAAACCUCCAUUGAGGAGCCCAGCCACUACGAGGAGGAAGAGGAGGACGAGGACGAGGCGGAGGACGACGAUGAAAUGGGGAACAAAUUCGUGGUGGAGCCAUGGGGUUUGGGGGAGAAGCAGCUCUCCAAAGAAUUCACCCUCCACUACUGUGAGAGGUGAUGGGGUAUUUUCUCUGUGAGGCUCUGACAACUGUGGAUGACACGUCGUCCCACAGCACAACGUUACUUCCUUCGCCCUCUCGCCCUCACACCAUGAGCCCAGUCCCCCUUUGAGGCACGAGAGAGACCAGUGCCCACAUUGUGAACUUCUCGUCCUGACACAGCUCUCAAGCUAUUCCUAAACCAUCUCUCUGAGUUAACCCACACAAGAUAGUGACAGUCACAACGACAAACUUACUGUGUUGGUGGAUGGUGCUCUUGGGAACAAGGUGCGGUUUCAUUGGAGGGGGGCUGGAAGAGUUAAUGAACCGAUGCUCGCUCUCUCUCUCUUGCUCUCUGUCUCACUCUCUCUCACCCUCUAUCUCUAUCUCUCUCUAUCUAUCUCUGUGAUGGUGGCAGCUGAGGAGCCAGUCCCAAGGAGGUGUAGAUCAGUCGGUUGGAUGGAGGAGCAGCAUCCCUGCGGUGGCUGAAGUGGAAGUUAGUUUGGAAACAGUGGGUCCCUCUGGGUUCUCUACCAGGACUGAGACUAUCUCUGGCAGGCAGGGCCUAGCUCCACAUUGUGUGUUCUCUGUUAAUCUCUCAACAAAAGCUAUGACACAAGUUCAACAGACUAUACAGCCGACGACCUGUCACGUGACGCCGGCAAAACUGCUAGGUCAAGACUUUUUGCGGCUUUUUCCCCCCCUUUCCAAAUGUCCACUUGUGAAUGCCCGCGCAGCCCUUGUGUAGAUGUAAAUGAGGACACAAAACAUGGCUCUGUUGUGUUCCCACAGGCUAUUUUUGUGCACUUUUGGUGAACAAAGCAAUCUUAGAAGACAACAGGUAGGACUCAACAAUGGGUAGCUGUCACUGAUUGUUUUUUGUACUUGCCUAAAUGCUGUUACUCUUUGUAAUUAUUUAAGUGUUGUAGUCAUCACCACAGUGUUUCAGUGCAAUUAUGACACAACUUCCAGCUGUAAUACAGGCCACUGUGUAUGUGCUGUGCCCAAACUGCCCUUCCUUCUGUCAUCCGUCUCCACAAACAUGUCUGCAUCUCCAUUUAUUGAACUUCACCAGCCCUGUGUGUGUUAUGAGGCACAGCCAUGACUGUUAUUUAUCGGUUAUCGUCCAUCUACAGUAGCACAUGACGAUUAAGUUAGACUGACCGAAACACUGCAAUGCACUUUAAGACACUAUUAUUUUUAUAGUUUCCUCUACUGCGUGUUCUCUGUUGUUUAUUAGAGAUAUUUACAGAGCAGAAGGUGAAGGCGUACCUCGUUAAGAUGAAACGAUGACCAAACGGCUCAAGGAUCAUUCACCAGAUAUAUGAUAAAUGUUUAAGUGUGUGUUCUACGUGUUUGUAAAAGUAAAACGUCUGAUUACUGUUGUAAUUAUUUGUGUUAUUGAUUUGGUGUUUUGUAUUUCAGUCCUACUAAUUAUAAUAAUGACUCUAAUGACUAUGAAAGUGUGCCCUGCGGUGACCUGCUGCUGUAUGAGCUCGAGCAGUAAAUAAAAAAGGAGGAGGCGGUGGCAGAGUGGAAAUCUUUUAUGUGGAACGCUUCAUCUGAAUAAUGACCAGCACCGUCCACUUGAUUUGUAAUUUAUGUUUUAGUGUGUCAACGUCAAACUCUUCCUUGUUGUAGCCUGUGUGUAUUCGUCUCAUGCCAAACACUGACUGCCA